AGGUCGGCAGGCUCGUGCACAGCGCGGAGGAGGCGGCAACAGCUGCGCGUGACCCAGAAGAAGAAACCUGCAGCAAAACACAAGUGGACAGCUUCUGUGACAUGGCUGUGCCGGCACCGUUUCUGGUGUUAUGUGCCUGUGUUUGGGGGUUCUGUCAUGUGGAAGCAACACCAGACACCCAGAGCUCUCUGGAUUCUUCUUUCUGCCAUGGCGAUUUAGAGGUAAUCUAUCCACAACUAGUCAUCGACAAAUGCCUCAUAAUUCCGAAGGACGGGAAACUCAGAGAAAAGAUCAGCACUGUUUGGAAAGCACCGCAGAUUUACUUUCCUGGAGCACACAAGAAAAAGAUGUAUGUUCUGGUGAUGGUUGAUCCUGAUGCUCCGAGCCGCACCAAACCAACAGCUGCUUUCUGGAGGCACUGGCUGGUCGCGAACGUGCAGGGCAGUGCACUCAAGAGAGGACAGAUACAAGGGGCAACCAUCACUGACUAUCAUCCUCCAACCCCACCACAGAAAUCUGGUUUUCACCGCUACCAGUUCAUGUUGUUUGAGCAGCCUCCAGACGCACCAGUGUCACUCACCGAGCAGGAGAAGUCAUCCCGUGGUAAAUGGGGUCUUCAGGCCUUCGUCAAGAAGUUUGAUCUGGGAAAGCCUGUGGCCGCUCUGCAGUUUCUUACCCAAAACUACAAAGACUGAAAGAUGCUCAGAUACCCGAAAGAAGAAUCUGUCAAUACAGAUAUAUAGAAUAAGAUGUUCCCCCACUUUCCCUGAAUUAAACAGCAUCAGUUCUUCAAAGCUUGCAACAGGUCAGCCCUCUUUACCUCUAUCUUAUCGUUGAGUUAGAAAGAGACUUCGUCUUUGUGUUACAGCAGCUGCAAGGUUUUGAUGUUGCCCUGUAUCUCUGUCACGUGGUGCGGAGCAAAGGAUUUGGGAGAUAGAUUUUGACCUCACUGGGGAUUUCUUAUUAGUUUCCGAACACUGUCGACAAGAGAAGGAAGACGGCCCCGAUAUCACAACUCAGUGUGGAAAGAGUUUAUUCUAAUUCAGGCACGGAAACACGUCAGGGCCAAAAAAAGGAAGUGGGAGGUGAAACCGAGACCGCAACACAGCCGGAUGCCACAGUGGAACUUGAACCAAAAUACUCUACAGAGUGACAGGACAGGGGGGAGGGGCUGCAGGGCCUGUGGUGUGUCGGGUGAAGGGAACUUGCUGUUUGUGUAAUUGUUUAUCAUAUUUCCAUUGACCACUUUCACCCCAAUCGGAAACAUUAGGUGAUUUCAGGUCCUUAUUGUUCCCUUUUUUUUUCUUUUUUUUUCAAAGUAAAAGCAGCUCUAACACAUG